UUUAAAUUAGCUGAACGGCAAUGAUGUCAAUGAUUGUUUUCCUUGUUACUUUUGUAAUACGCGAUGUGCAUUUAAAACACUAAAAUAGUAAACGUACUUAUUGUUACUAUGUAGUUACUUACUUGCGCUGUUGCACAGAAUUAUUAUUAUUAUUAUAACAGAAUAAUGACCAGUACUUAUUACAGUACACUGUGGCGGGUUGGAUUCUACUCAAAAGAUACUUGCUCAUAAUUACCUAUACAGAGUACUUACUCCUUAAUGACUACUUACUGUAUAGUGUAUGCAAGUUUUAGUGGGAAGUUGGGGAGGCACAAAAGCUGUGACGAAGACUACCGGGUAGCUCAUGUUCAGUUGUUGACUUCAGUUCCGGACGCGUUCACAAGUUGUUAACUUGUUAUUUGGUACUGGUAACUAACGCACAAAAGCCGAAUACCCGGCGGAAGUAUGGAUGGGGAGUUUGUUUAACGGGAGGCGUAUAUGCAUGUGACUGAUUAGCAGUGUGCCGCGGAAAUGGAUGUAGCCACGCCCUGCCGUCAGCGGCACGCGGACCACCGGUUAGAUGAUCGGCCCCCGGUCGAUGAACGCCGUCGACGGCGGCGCAGUGUGGCCCUCAACAACACCGUUGUGCUGCAGCAUCCUUACCGCGACGACGUGUGGUGCUUGGGCUUCGUGGAGGACGUGGCGGACGCGGGAGGGGCACUGUACAUCAGCUUCCACUGCGAGGCACUGCCACCGCGCUGGAUCGCCUCGCACCUGCUGUACGAGCAUUCUUUAUGUACUCCCAAAUGUCAUGAAGACACCUACGUGGCGUUGCGCGCCAGCAGCCAGGAACCGCUGGUGCUGCAUUUGGCUGUCGUAGUGGAGCGCACUCCUGGCGUUACCACUUGUCAAAGCGCGGUAUGCCUGGCGGAGACCAGUCUGGACGGCCCGCGGCACUUCGUCCAUUUGCUGCAGAUGGUGGUCCAUGAGCCAGCGCGUUCCUUGGCCGGCGCCGGCCGACGAGAGGGCGCCUACGUCAAGUACACGCUGCCGCUGCCCGUGCCGGCCGCGCAUGCCGACCGCAUUUGCGUUAUCGACGAGAACCGACUGCUGUUCGAGGUCAAACGGGCAGGAGGCGCUGCAUAUCCGGCUGGCCUUACGAUUAGCGCCGGCCCCUAUUAUCGAUUCUUUUUCCGCCUAGAGAGGAGCAGUGCCGUUUUCAUCUGCUGGGAAUACGAGCAAGAUCCAUUUGAACCGGCACGCUGGACGGCGCAACUGCUGGCAGACUGUGUCCAGCGAUGCCUGGACUGCGGCGCGCUGGCGGUUGUCAUGCCGGUAGAGAAGCCGCUGCCGCCGGCAGAUGUCGACCAGGGAGCGCAAGUGCAGAUGGCUGAUCUGCCGGUGGAAAUAAUCCGGGAUGUAAUGCUGGAUUACGUGGAUAUCUUCUCCCAGGCGUCUCUGCGGAGAGUCAGUCCGGGAUGGAACGCGGUGUGGACGCAGUGCGCGCAGCCGGCCAUAACGCUGGACUGGCGUCAGCCGGGGGAGCGCGCCAACCACCACGACGAAGUGUACCGUCUGGCCCGGCUCCUGCAGCACGCCCUGCGGCCCGCGGUGCGGACGCUGGCCGUCACCCGCUGGCGGCCGGAUAUGUGCGGCCACGAGAGUGUGCGGGGUCUGUGCGGGCAGUGCAGCCAGCAAGGUGUGCCGGCAGGCCGGUGCAGCGGCUAUCAGAGAGCGCAGAUAGAUGUCGAUAUUAUCGGGCUCACCCUACGCAACCGCAACCGCUCGUCACCAUCGACUCUGCGCCGCAUCGUGCUGCACCAGUGCGUCGUCGCUCUGGAAUUCGCCGCUUGGCAUAGUCAGCGUCCGAUGCACUGCUUGUCGCGCCUGACGGACCUCUGCCAAGAGCUGCUGCUCGUGGACUACGUCAUGAACGACGCCUGGAGAAAUUUUCAUCCUGAUCGUUAUGCGCUGCAGUCGCUGCAACGGAAGCAGCGUUUCACAUACACGGGCCGGGAUCCGCUGCCGCAGCUGUCGGUGCGCAUACCGUUCCUGCGCUUCGACUGCGCCCUCACCGACACGGCCCACUUCAACACCCUGCGCGCCGCGAUGGAAGCCGCGCUGCCGGACGUGUCCAGCAGCAUGCGCGACACCGCGGCGGCCAUGCACGCCUACUGGGCCAGUACAGCGGCCCUCUAUCCGCACCUCUAUCCGGUCUACGCACAUUUCCUGCGGAAUCUGAUGUAUUUCGCUGAACCCAAGCCGGAUCCGGAUGCUCCGCUGUGGAGCCACUUGUGGCUGCUGCGAGUGCCGGACCAGGAUCAACUUCCCUCCAUUUACCAGCUGUCAGCGCGGAGCUUUUCCAACCUGACCGUGUUUGUCAUCUGUGCCAUGUGGUGCGCCACUGCGUCAGCUGCUGAGACUGAUCAUGACCAGCCUGCCGUUGCCGACGAUCAGCAUAAUCAUUAGCGGGCGAUAUGCGGGGCUUCGACCUUGUACGGUGCAGAUUAAAGGAGGCGCGCUUAUUAUUGUCCCUAGCGGCCUAAGCGACGCUGUCCGUAUUGUUCCGUUGCUGACAAACAGUGUCUGCAGAAUCAGUUGCUACUUUGUCGAGCGACGAUUCACCAAUAAAGCGAUACUAUUCCACUGCCCACAUAUCUGUAUACCACCGUUAAUUUCAUAGUAGCAAUGACUAACUGUUAAGGCUUGAGAAAACGCUUAAUUGUGACGCUGCAUGGUUGCAUUGCCCCUUUGAUAACUGUAACACCUCGUCAA